GACAACAUCACAAACAAAACGAACAUACGCACUGCUCAAAUCAAAAGAUACGAAAUUAAAAGUGCGAUUAAAAAAAAAUUUGAUCAAUUUGUGAUUUCCAGUGAAUUUAUGAAAAUUAUAUGCUUAAACCAGUGUUGCCAUUGCAGUGCGUGUGUGUGAUAAAAGAUACGAAACGGUACGACAAAAAAGUACGUAAAUAAGUAACAGAAAGAAAGUUGUGUAAGCCAAGAGAAGCGAAGAAGUUAAAUGUUAAUGAGAAAGCAAAAUAAAUAAAAAUACUUUUGUAAAGUAAAAUUUGUAAAAGACCAAAGAAAAAGAUACUCUCAAUUACAACAACAACAAGUGGCUUGACUUAAAGCGCAGCAGUAACAGUUAAAGUUGAGCUUUAGUUUGGUUAAAGGUGCAAACGACAAGCCGCGCUCAGGUAAAAGUGAAUCUGUAAGCGAACGUAGCGGACGCAUUGCUGGAAUUGAAAACGAAACUGACAGUUUUUCAAACGGUUAUGAAAUUCAUUAAUAAAUAAAAAAAAUAAAAAAAUAUAUUGGAAUAUAUUUUGUAUGUUAAUUAAACUUGAACGAAAUAAAGUUAUUGACAAAAAAAAAUAAAAUAAAAUAAUAACGCGUUAACGAAAAACUAACUUUAGUGUACUUAACUUCAACUUAAGAUAUAAAAAGAAAACUGACAAAUAUGAAGCUCUUCUACAUAUUAUUGCUGACGCUGCCUCUGCUUGCGUACAGUUUUCCUGCAGCUGAGGAAAAGUCAAUAUCGCUGGAAGAGGAUGUGGAUAACGAACAUGCAGAGUCAGAACAAGAUUCACAAAUACAAAAACGUUCGGGUAAUAGUUUUGAUUAUGUUACACAAUUGAAAUCAGGAUUAUUGUCCAGUAUCGGACAUGCAUCCGCAUCGAUAGCGUCGGGCAGUUCAGGCGGUAGCAGCGGUGGUGGCGGUGGUGGCAGCUAUAAAUCAAUAGAUGGACAUCACGGAAAUGCUGUUGAUUAUGAUCCAUGGUCUUUCAAAAAAUCUGUAUUAAAUACAAUUUUACAAGCAGUAAAAGCCAUAACUGGCGGUGUGACCGCCUUGAAGGGUCAACUUAUCAAAGGCAGUGGUUAUGCGCUCAGUGCUAGCGGUAAUAUUGUUGCUGCUGGUGGUGAAAAAGUAACAGAUGUGGGCAAAUCUAUUAUCAAUUCAGCACAAAUAAAUUCACAUAGUUAUGGCACUAGUCAUAACACUGGAUUUGUACAUCCAUUUGCCAAAUUCAGUUCAUUGUCAGGUGCGUCAUCUGGUGGUAGCGGCAGUAAACACUCAUCAAGUGGUCCAGUAGUGCAUACAGAGAGUAAGUAAUUUUAUUGCUCUAAUACCAGAGGAAUUUAAAG